AUGCUUGAUAAAUCGCUGCCUAAACGCACUGCACGUGCCCACCUCUCCGACAAGCCGUGGAUGACACCGCGUAUAAAGCAUGAAAUAAAAGCUAGGGAAAAGGCGUUUAAAUUUGGAGAUAUAACAAGGUACAAACUAUUAUGUGACAAAGUUACCUCACUUGUAUCAAAUGCGAAAAAGAAUUACUAUCAACUAAAAGCAGAGGGUACACGCGAAACGAAUCCGGCAAAGUGGUACAAAACCAUAUUUGAACUUGCUGCCACUAAUGACUGUAACUCUCAACCACCGGCUGAUGAUGCAGCAGACUUAGCGGAACGCCUGCAACAAAGCUUCACCAAACCUUGGCAGAAUGCCAACCCCACUGAAAUUCCGGACGUUGGGGAAAUUGAACACCUACUUAAGAAUGAUACCAGUCCCCCGUUGCCUUCCAUCGGACAAAUUAAGGCUACCCUUAAACAUCUAAAUCCCAGGAAGGCCACUGGCUCAGAUGAGAUCCCUCCAUGGUUACUGAAACGUUACCAUGAAGAACUUGCCCCUGUUAUUCAUAACAUCAUAUGCUCUAGCAUCUCCCAGGCUAAAUACCCAACCCUAUAUAAACACGCAUUGGUCACCCAAGUGCCUAAAAUAUACCCUCCUAAUGACAUGGAUAAUGAUUUUCGCCAAAUCUCAGUAUUACCGCAAUUGGCAAAAGUCUUAGAAAGCAUCCAACUUAAAUUAAACAAAGGGAACCUUAAGAUCAAGGACAAUCAACAUGCAUUUACACAUGGUAGAUCAACUGUAUCUGUAUUGGCGAGCAUCACCCAAAAUUGGUUCAACAAGACUGAAAACUCACGUGAUGGAAGAAUGGGUAUCCACGCCCUAUUUAUUGACUUUUGCAAAGCAUUUGAUCUGGUGGACCACGGAUUGCUUUUAAGGAAGCUCGCCAAAAUGAACGUGUCGAAAAGCUCCUGGCUAUGGACACGGAGCUUUCUAGAAGGGAGGAGUCAGUAGUACAAUUACAAGGUGUUCUGUCAUCUAUAAGGCCUUUCCCUUCCGGAGUCCCCCAGGGAUCUGUUGUAUCACCAACAUUGUUUAAUGUUCAUGUGGAUGACCUCGAAGACUGCAUUCCCAAUUAUCUGGACAUCAAUACGCACAAAUACGCAGAUGACUGCACUCAAGAUGAAGUGAUUCCAUACGGUUCUGCUAGCAACAUGCAAGAGGUGCUCGAUGCAAUAAACGACUGGGCACAUGGAAACAAGAUGAAACUUAACGCGAAAAAGACGAAAGACAUGUGGAUCUGCUUUAAAGCUGCAAUUCCUGAACCAUCACAUCUUAAAAUUGGCGAUGAUACAAUUGAAAGAGUAAAGUCAUUCAAGUCUUUGGAUUGACAAUACCCUUAAAUGGAACACCCACAUUGACGAAAUUGCAAGGAGGGCAAACAAACGCUUAUUCUACCUACGGAAGUGUCGUCGAGCAGAUCUACCAACUAAUGUGGGUUUGACGUGCUAUGAAUCCAAAUUAAGACCGGUUUUGGAAUAUGCGGCCCCAAUUUGGGGUGGCCUGCCACAAUACCUUACUGACGAACUGGAGAGUAUCCAGACUAGAAGCCUGAAAAUUAUAGAUCUACCUUCUGAUUCUCUUCAAUCUCUAGAACAACGUCGGGAUAAACUUUCCAUUCGCGAGUACGAGAAAAUCAUUAAUGACGAAACACACCCAUGCAGGAAGUACAUACCAGACAUGGUGACGAACAAGUAUGAACACCAAAAACUCUUCCCGGAAUUUUCUCAUACACUAAAAGGCAUGAACUAUCGUUCAUUCCCAGAACAAACUUAUUAUUAUAGACAAUAUUUUUAUAACUAUUCCUACAAUUUUUAUCUGUACAUAUAACUACUAGACUACUACUUAGAUUUUUACUUUAAAUCCAUUGUAUUUUUACACUAAAGAUGGAUCAAUAAAACUAUUAUUAUUAUUAUCGAUAAAGCCAUUUAAUCACAGAGUAGAGACAUACAGAGACGUAACUAGUGUACCCACUUUUUUUGUGCGCGUGCUCGGCAAAUUACUAGAUGCAUGCAUCUGAUUGGAUGACGACCUGAUGACGACUCACUUUAGACUUGCUGAGCACGCGCAGUUGAUCAUUUUUCGCCCGGUCGCCUGAAAAAAAGUGGGUACAUGAUAACGUAAUCUUCCGCAGUGUUUACGACGGUUAGUUACGUCUCUGUAUGUCUCUACUCUGUGAUUUGAUUAAAGGCAGUUUAGUUUUAUAAAGAACACUUUAAAACGUUUUGCGAAGCGUUUGUGGUUGAAUUUUACCUUAAAUUGAAGUAGCUAUUUUAUAUUACGUAUAAUAUCAUACCUAACAUAUAUAUGUUGGGAAAUUGAUAAUUUUGUAAUUAAAAGUGAUAAUAUCAUUUUUAGGCGAUUUUUCAUUUGUAAGAAUAUUCUUAAAAAAUUAUUGUGUUACCAUGACAACUACUUUAGAUACUUCAUGUUCGGAAAAUACAAUGGUUUUGUCAGCAAGGCGAGGGUUUCUGCAUGCAUGUAUUUUCUAGUUUAAAAAAAAAUUAGUGCCCGCAUGCAAUUGCAGGCCAAGUAUAGAAAUUCUGUAAACAGAAAUACUUGCUGUGUUUUGUUGUCUGCUGUCAUGUGUUGUGCUUAAGCUUAUUUACAUGUAUUUUGUUUAUCAAAGUACUGUCAGUUCAAUAUCUUCGAAAGUAUCGGCAUUGGGCCUGAUUUUAGUUUUAAAAGCACAAAUUAAAACCAUGCCCAUUAGUACAUUUUGUAUGAUCCCUAUAUAGUAUUUUUUUAUAAUGACGAGUAUUUUUCAAAUUUUUGUGUUAAAGAUCGAUCAUCUGCAACCAAUCGAAGUAGAUCAGGAGGAGGGAGGGGUGGACCUCCAGGCAGAGGUGGUCCUGCUCCUGAGGAGUUUAAAACACAGCUUAUAAAGACCUUGUUUGACGUUAAUGUCACUUUUAAUAAGGUAAAAAUAAAUUAGUAUUUUAAUUUUAUAAAAAUCCGAGGUAAUUCAGCCAAUGUGUAGAUUGUGAGCAAGAUUACGUAUAAUUAAAAACUUAUUGUCGUGGUUGAGAAUAUAGUACAGAAUAAAUAGCAAAAACUUUAUUAAAAACAGCGACCAGGAUCACAGGAUAGGGUUCAAGUGCUCAACCUUAAUAAUCAAAAUUUAAGAGUAAUAACCAUAACCCCUUCAUUCAGGCAUUAAAAUAGCGUGUCCUUGUACACACUUUGUGUCCUUGUAAAAGGCGAAUGUGCCCUUGUAAAUUGAAAAGUGUGUACUUGAAAAUAUAUUAAACUGAAAAUAUAUUAAUGUAAUCCACGCAAAAUGGCCAAAUAUUUUCCAAAUUCUGUUCUCAGAACACUGGAAAUGCCAUUUCAGAGACCCCCUUAAAAGCUCGCGUCUUCGACUCUAAAUUUGUGGCUUUGCCACUCGUUCUCGUGAGUCUGCGCAUUUAUACCAAAAAUACGCCUCUGAAGGCAAAGUGUGUCUUUGUAAAAAUUCCGUAUUUUAAUGCCUGCCUUCAUUCCUCUUCCAAAAGACCAAAACAACCAGGGAGGGAGGGAGGGUGGGAAGGAGGGAGGGAGGAAGGAAGGAGGAGGACAUCAAUGCAAUAAACAGUGCGUAUAUUAUCCAAUAAUCCUUAAAACCAUUGUUUAGGGUAAACUUAUUGGGAUAUGUGGCGGUGUUGGAAGCGGUAAAAGUUCUUUGAUCAAUGCAAUCCUUGCCCAGGUAAGUAGGGGCGCCGUUAUUUGGCAAAUUUCUGUCACGUUUUGGAGGUAAAACCUCCAUGUGCAACACCGUGAACACUAGUAGGGGCUGAUAAAGUCCCUUUUGAAGAAGAAGAAGGUGAAGAGGAGGAAUGCGCACGCGCCACUGAUCUGUGUAAACACUGGAUAACGCCUUUGUUGAAGCGUGAAGACAGACGUAAUUCUGUACCACCUGAAGUACCAUGCAGUUUAUUAUACAUUUGUAUUAUAGAAUCAUAGUUUUCGCCAUUCAUACAUUGCUGAUUGGGGCAGUAUCUUAACCCAAUGUUUCGAUUUCAAAACGUUGAAAAAGGGUUUGUAAGUUCAUUCGAAGGGGCGAAGAGUUGCUGUCUUGUUCGUGAUUUUCAACGUUGUUUUAAACAGACAAAGGGUAAUUUCAUUCAAAAUACAGUGUUUAAUAAAAUGCUAUAAACCCGUGUAAUAGCUUGUAAGUAAAAUUAGAAUUCGCUAGAAAAUUAAAAUCAGUAUACUAUCAACUCCGAUAAGUUAUAUAACGUUCCCUUAUUUUAGAUGAAUCUCGUUGAAGGGAGUGUCUCUGUCAAUGGCUCCAUGGCUUAUGUUGCUCAACAGGUACGCGAAAAGAUGCAAGAAGAUUUUUCAGCCGUGACUACGUUCACAUGAAAUCGGACGAAUUCUGUCCCAUUUCUUUGCACGGAAAUUCUUGCGGAUUCAUCCGGUUUCAUGCGUUCCAUGUAAACGCGCAGGACGAAAUCGUGCUCUUGGGUACGUACGGUUCCAAAUUCGUCCGAUUCUUAGUGAACGUACAACGUAGUCUACUAGUCUUAUGUCGUAAAAACAGAAUACUUGCAUGCAACGUGUACGAUAUACUGUAAUAUACUGUUGUAUGUUUUGUACUGGAAGUAAAUUUUCGCUUUAAAUUUAUGUUAUUAUCAAGGCAUGGCUAAUGAAUGCUUCUGUCAUGGAAAAUAUCGUAUUUGGUCAAGCGUUCAAACCUGGACGGUAGGUGUAUAUUCCUUUUCAUUUGCAUAAUCUUAAAAAAAUAGGUCAUGCGUACGGUCAGGGCCGUCAUGGAGGGUAGGGGGGGGGGAUUUUGCCCCGGGCCCCCAACGCCGACGUCGUACCCGGGGCUUCGUAGUCCACGUAUACGUAGUCUGCUUCUCCCAUUUUACAAUUAUGACGUCAUAAGACCCCCUUGAAAAGUUUGCCUCCGGGCCCAGCGCUUAUUCUCUUGUUAGUCAAUAUUGAAUGACAUCAAUUACCGGCUGUUGCUAACAGCCGGUAAUUGAUUGUCAUAUAGGUAUGAAAAAGUAAUUUCAGCAUGCAGUUUGAAGCAAGAUCUGGACAUAUUCCCACACGGAGAUCAAACAGAGGUCAGUCUUAUGAAGUUAUGAUACUAGCUGGUAAAAGAGUUGAGUGCAUUGCAUGUAUUCUACCUGCAUAUAUAUACUGUACGACAGAAACCGUUGUUGAUAUUUGAUGGAUUCUGACAUUUUUAGGGCCUUGUAUCACAACGGCGCGGAGCCCUGGACCUUAUUCUUGAAGGACACCAACGUCCUUUUAAUAAAACUUGAUUGAUUGAAUGAAAUUCACCAUAUGUCACCAAAAAAUGAAGUUUAGGGAGUUUCAAAAGUCGUCCAGGCUCUGUUGAAAACGGCAAAAUACUGAUAUUUCCAUUAGGGGCGGCGGAACAUAUUUUAUUUUGGGGGGCUACAAAAAUACGGAUAUGUACUAAUUAUGCAUAGAUCAUUUAAUCUCGUGACUCAAUGAUGAUGAAUUAAUGUCUUGAGCAAUCGAAACCGCAAUCAGCACAUAACUGGACAUAAAACAUAAUAAGCAUUCUAAAAAUGUUAACCAAACUCGAAAUACAAUUGUAUUCCAUAGUCUAUUCUCUCGCUUUGACACAAAGAGCGCAAACACAAGAUAAAUGCAAUGCAUGCAUCAGAAGUUCUUAUUCUAUGUUCUGUUCGAAAUCGUGGGUUAGAAUAAAUCAGGAUAAAUCCAGCUAUAGACGAAAUAUUGAAGAACGAAACCAUUAGCAUAGCUGGAAAGAGCAUCUUAAAAUGAGUAAAAUUGCAAAGUUUGGUUGCGAAUUGUUGUAAAAUGAGGAAAAUAUAUAACUCUGUGAAGUUCGCAAAUUUUGUAUAAUAAUUAUACUGUAUAUAUACAACAUUUGCGAACUUCACAGGGCUAUAUUUUCUUCAUUUUACAACAUUUAGCAACCAAUCUUUGCAGCUUUACUCAUUCUAAGACGCUCUUUCUAGCUGUGGUGUUGGAUUUCGUUCUUCUUGCUUUGAUCAAAAUUUUGUCUAUAGCUGGAAUCACCCAUUAGGAAAGUCUGAAACUUCUUCACUUAAUUACUUUUAUUUGUCCCAUUUCCGAAAUAACCAUAAAGGCCAAUACUCUGACUUUGUAGUAUUUACUGUAUACUUAUGCAAGGUGAAAGGAAAUCAAUUUACAUUCACUUGAUCACAAAGUAGGAUAUUUUCUUUUGCAUUUUAGUCGGCGAGCAAUUUGACGACUUCGUAGUUUGUAUAAAUGGUCUCGCAUUCUGGCAUUCUUCGUGUAUUGCGGCGGAGGGGGGGGGGGGGGGCUAGGCCCCCCUAGCCCCCUCUUACGCCGCCACUGAUUUCCAUGCCUCUUAUACAACGUUACAGUUAAAGUUUAUUGAAAUUGUUCUACCUUCUGAAACUUAUUUAAUGCAUAGGAUAGUAUUACCUUUGACUCAGCGCGGACAUAGUUUUUGCCGUUGACGUCUUCUACGUAGUAAACUCUUGUGACCCACAUUUAGGUCGGUGAACGAGGAAUAAACCUCAGUGGUGGACAAAAACAAAGAAUUAGUUUGGCAAGAGCAGUAUAUGCUGACAAGGUAGGCAUAUACCACUGAGAAGUUCUAUAUUUGUUUUUGUUUCGAAACUUGUACAUCUAGAGUUGGUUAGUCUUGGUUAUUCAAAGCUGAAUUAGCCCUAAUCCUCGGUUAAAAUUUAACCUUUUUUCGUGUAUGUAUUUCUGCACAUCUUUUUGUUUUAAAACUUUGGAGAAGAAAAUUCCUACUUAGCCAGACAAGAUAUCUAUAGAAAUAUUUCAGAAUUUAUAAAUACGCUGUUGGAAAGUUUUCUUUGAAUUUUGCUUAUUGGCUUUCAAACAACCGACCCCUGUGUUAAAACUGCUUCUGCUGUUUCUAGGAUAUCUAUCUGCUUGAUGAUCCACUUAGUGCAGUUGACAGCCAUGUUGGACAGCAUGUUUUUGAUAAUUGUAUCAAAGGCACAUUAGCUGACAAAACUAUUAUAUUUGUCACUCAUCAAUUACAGGUAUGGUUAUCAGUUAUAGAUAUAUGUUUUGUUGUUAAAAUCUGGACCUCGAUCAUAACGGUCUUGGGUUACAGGGUCGUACGCAGGAUUUUUUCACCUGCAGGGGGCAGUAAGGCCUAUAUGCUGCAAAUUAAGUAUUUUAAUACUUAAAAGAGGACUUUUUUGUAUGUUACGUAACACGCGCUCAAAUAUUAAACUAAUGCGUAUAAUAUACCACUUGAGGUUAUGACUAAAUUCAAAAUUUUUAUUUUUCGAUACGUUUCUCAAUAUGUUUAUGCUUUAUCUGUAAAAAUUGCUGUAAAUAUGGCGUCAAUUUUAAAGCAUCAAUGAUAAUUGUAUUUUAAUUGACAAUUUUUAACUAUUAUUUUAUGUUUCUCAACCGGCAGAUGAAAUUUAAAACGGUGGCUAACUCUAUAAACUAGAGAAUAAAGCUAAAACAAAGUAAUUUUGAGAGGAACGCCAAGAAGAUUUUAGAUUUUGAACACUUUUCAUUGCGAAUACGCGACAUUGAAAAAAAUUUCCUCUUAAUAAACAUUUCAUCACUUUCGUCUUCGUUGCAUGUUCCAAGCAUUUGACGGAAGUCCCAAAUACCCAAAGAAUAAUGGCGCCUCUAGUACUGUAUUGCGUCCCUGUUGGGUUCGUAUUUGUUACCUAUCAUCUCUAUACUGUCUAUAUAUCUAACAUCGCAUUUGUCCCGUUCGAUGUUAUAACUAUAAUAAAUUUCGUGACUUCGAUGAAAUGCACAGUUUCAGUAUUUAAUAUUCGUAAGUACAAAUGUAUAUAACUGCUUUAACGCCGAUUUACACUUACACAACUUUUGCCUAAAACUGUCGCAUGCAACCUGCUUAUAACUUGAGUUGUGCUGCGUGAAUCAAGCACACAACUCACCUGCGACAACGUAGACGUACACAGUACAACUCAAGACAGUUUUAGGCAAAAGUUGUGUAGUGUAAAUCGGUCUUUAGAUGUUUAAUUUAUACACGCUUUCAAUAUAUGCUGAAAAUAUAUCAGUGAACAAUUUAAACUUUGUUUUAUAUUAUAGUAUCUGAGUCAUUGUGACACAGUCAUUCUUUUGAAAGAUGGACGUAUUGCUGAAAUGGGUCAAUAUGAAACACUUAUGCAAGAUGAAAAAGUAUAACGUUGAAAAUUAAACCAUUUAAGGUGGCUCGAUGUAGUUAUCACAAAAACCCUGCUCAAGAAUCGCAAACAAAUCCGGGUGACCAUUUUUACGUGCAAGUCGCGAAAACUGAUUAACAAAAUGAAAGAACUUCCAAAAUGACAUGACGAGCACUUGCUCGCGUCAUAUCACGCCAUUGCGCGUGUUCUAUAGCGUUUUAUGUCAAUUGCUGAUGUCAUUAGAAUUUGUCUUUUUAGAAAAAACAAUGCGCUAUAUUUCUCUAUUUUGUCCGGUGACCUAUGUUCAAAUUUUGCAUGCUGUAUCGCACGUUUUCGCAUUUUUCGAAAAAAAUGGCAUUACAGAAUUUUUUUAUACUUUGCUAAUUGUUAGCUUUUCAUCCAAGUAAAAUAAUGCACGAAAAAAAAUUGGGGUCACCAUGCUUCUUAUCCAACUAUACGAGACGAUAGGCCAUUUUGGAGUAAAUUUCGUACACGUAUGUUGUAGUCAUAGCAACGAACUAUCUGUUACUAAAAUUAAUAUAAUUUGAAAGUAGAGAUAUGUAAAACACCAAUAUCUGCUGAAUAAAUCCUAAAAAUGCGUAGUUUGAAAACACCAAUAUCUGCUGAAUAAAUCCUAAAAAUGCGUAGUUUGAAGAUGUCAAAGUGUUGAACACCUGAAUUUUUGAAAACUGUAUCGAGCCACCUUAACCAGCUAUAUGACCUGCAAGUGUCUCUGUAGACAAGAAAAAUGGCCACGCGCAGGGCAUCAACUUUAAUAACAAAAGGGGCCCAUAAUGAAUGGUUGACUUUGCAGGGAUUUCAUUUUGUAUACAGUUGAAUCAGAAUGAAUAAUAAUUAAGAAAACCUUAGUUUUGCAUUUGUAUAGGAAAACCUAGACUUUUGGUAAACUGAUUCAGUAUACCGAUAUUGGUUGCAAUACUAAUUUGAAACAAUUGAAGAGAAUGUGGGAGCCUUUAGUAUAACAAGCUUUUGCAAGCAAAGCGAAAAUUUAGACAUAGCAUCACUUUACUAUACACAUUGAAAGUCCACGUCUUAGCAAUCCGUUUUUGUGACGUUGUUGUAAUUAUUUUCGGCUCGCUCAACUACAUGUAAAAGUUCAUACAAGUCAAUUCAUACAACAACUUUUUCCGUUAGGAUUUUUCAGUUUUAAUAAACAAUUAUCAUCAGAGGUUGGAGGCAGAAGAGAACGAGGAUGAAGAUGAAGAAGAAGACACCAGUAAACUUCUUGAAGAAAUUGUAAGAAAGAGAACUCUUUCUACUCAAAGUAUUGGAGACAAUCAGCCAAAUGCGACUGAAGAAAAGAAAGAAAUGAACGACGAGAGUAAAAUGAAUGGAGUGGAGAAGGGAAAAGGUAGGACUGAGGAUUAAAAAUGAGUUUCCAUGCACAAUAUAAUAUUAAUAUGGCAUAGGAUGUUGUAAUAUCACUUGAACAGGAGUCAAUGAAUCAAUUUGCCAAAUUACGCCAAAGUCGCCAAGUAUAGGCCUAUAACAAUUCGUAGAAUUAUGACAACUUUUUCAAGACCGUUCCACUGAUUCACAUGCAGUUGCACUCGACAUCAUACGAGAUUUCAAAUUAAUUAUAUCUUGUAUAUUAUAUAUUCCUGUUGAUAAAUAUUAAUUCAUUUGUGAGGUAGAAAGUACUCUAAAAAUAGAGUUAAAAUGUUGGAGUAAAAAAUACUCCCAAAACAGAGUCAACUGGUACCUUUUUUUUACUAGUAUCUACUCCUUGAAAUUAACAGUUUGAACACACAAAUUUUUCUUUAUUUUAGAUAAUCUUAUGAAAGCCGAAGAUCGGAAAAAAGGAGGUGUAUCAUUUUCCACAUAUAUACGUUAUUGUAAAGCAGCUGGAGGUUAGUUUCUCAGUCGUUGAGCAUGCAUGAUAUUUGAUAUUAUUCUCUCUUGAAAAUAUACAACAGGUUUUGGUAAAUAAGUACUUAUUCAUUUACUGUGCACAAUUAAUGGGCAGAAAUUCGCUCCAAAGCACUCUGCAACCGCACGGCUGCAUGCAUGCCAUUGAUAUAUUCCAUAUAUUUCGAAACUGCAUGCUUGUAAAUUAAGCUCGACAUGCAUGAAAUGGUGCUAAUCUCCUUAUCCAUCAGAGCAAAUUUAUCCAAGGGCUCAAAUUAGCAACGUAAGUGCAGUCGAGAGCGAAAUGUUUGGGGGCACACAAUUUGACCGACAUGUAAUAGAUCAUUUUUGAAUUUUGUAAAUUUAAUGUUUUGAUAUAGAAACAAAACGCUGUAAAUCAUACUGUAUAAAAACCAUUUCAUUGCAUUUACAAUGUAAGGUAUUUACCUUUGUCUAUAUUAAAAGACCGAAAUUCGCUCAAAACGAACAUUAAUCGAGAAAGGUAAUGCAGUAACGUUGUGUAAAUCGGAUUAUUAAUUAAUACAAUCGUAAAUACAUGCACUUAAGUAAAAUGCGUAGUAUAACCUAUAUUUAGUAACAUGUACAACCUUGAUUGUUGCUCUAGGUUUUUGCGUUGCUGCCAGUGUGGUAUUGAUGCUGCUCACCAUAACGUUGUUGAGAAUUUUUACUGACUUUUGGCUUGGGCGUUGGAUCAAUGAUGGAAAUGGCAACAGCGUAAGAUGCAACUCUUGUUUUAGACCUGAUUCACUGUACAAUGUGCCAUAUAUAUCCACACAUAUAAUAGUUGGAAUAUUUCCAAAUAGUAAAAACGAAAAAGUCUGCAUUGGUGAUGUGUGUCAACGACGAUUUUUCGUAGAGCGUAUCGCAGCUGAGCUAGGCUGUAUGGCAAUGUUGUACUGUAUAUUGCCUUGAAAUUUGACGAAUCAUUGUAUUUCAUUUAUUUUAGUUUUCGAUCAAUAAAUCUAUAACUUACCCUGAAAAUUGAGUUGCUAACAAAGCAACAAACCCUGCGCGCGUGGUCAGUUUGUUUACUAAAAUUAAUUAACAUGUAUAUAGGCUAUAUAGCCUUAAUUCUUAAUUUGAAUACAUUUUUAAAAUUUUAGACUGAAAGUGAUUCGUCUCCUGGUGAAUUAAAUGACAACCCUGAUCUUGAUUUCUAUGCAGCUAUUUUUGGAUCAUCACUGGCACUUCUUAUGUUUCUUCUUGUCGUAAAAUGCUUCAUCUUUGUGAAUACCAUUCUGCGUGCUUCGUCUAACCUUCAUAAUCAGGUAUUCCGGGCUGUCACGAAAAGUCCCAUGGAAUUCUUUGACACGACGCCUAUUGGACAGAUCUUGAACAGAUUCUCAAAAGACAUUGAUGAGAUGGACACAAGAUUACCUUUCUUGGUGGAAUUUUUGAUCCUAAACUUGUCUUUACUACUAGUGAUCAUAAUCCUCAUUGCUGUGCUAUUUUACUGGUUUAUUAUAGCGCUUGUUUUCUUCAUUGCUCUAUUCAUUUUCCUAAAUAUUGUUUUUCGUCGUUCUGUUCGUGAGUUAAAACGUCUCGAUAACAUCACAAGGUCUCCUAUUUUCUCUCAUAUUUCUGCCUCAGUACAAGGACUUUCAACUCUGCAUGCCUACGGGAAAACUGAGGAAUUUGUGGAAAAAUUUGAAAAAUUACUGGAUGGAAAUACUUUGCCAUUUUUCAUGUUUGCUUGUUCUCAUCGUUGGUUGGCUGUGCGGCUAGAUUUAAUAACUAUUGGUAUUACAACAGUCACAGCACUGCUUGUGAUUCUGCUUCGAGAUAAUGUUCCUGCUGCCAUGGGUGGACUGGCUAUUACUUAUGCUAUACGAGUAAGUAGCUAGUUUAUAGCAUCUCGCAUUUCCAGUGGCCUCCUCUGUAGGAAUCUCACCCGAGAAAUCACGUGGUCGGAGAGGCCUGCGGAGGAAAAUAUGUUUACAGUAAAAAUAAAAUAAUUAUUACUCGGCCUUUUUUUACAGUUCACCGGCAUUGUAACCAACUUGCAGUGUAUACUAUAUGAAACCUAUACUAUAUCUCCUGGGAUUCUCCAAGAUCAUAUCAGUUUCCGAUUAUCAGUUUCAAGAAUUUCCUGGAAAUAUUUGUUUCAGUAUUAUGUUGUUGCUUAUUACACUAUUUACUAUUUGACCAAAUCUUAUUAAUAUCGUUCACAUUUUGUUGUCAGAUGUCAGGUUUCCUGCAAUUCACAGUUCGUCUUACAGCUGAGACUGAAGCAAUGUUUACCAGUGUGGAACGUCUUCUUCAUUACAUCGAUCAUUUGAAGCAAGAAGGUCCCAGCUCAAUUCCUGACAAGAAACCUGCCGAUGUCUGGCCUGCCAAAGGAAGUUUGUCUAUGGUUGGUCUGAAGGUAACUUUAUUGCGUUCACCAAUUUAUAAAAAUAUAUCGUUUCUAGCCUACAAGCGUGGAAAUUAAUUUGUAGACGAUUGAAAAAUUUCCAAAAUCCCUCCUCUCCCCAUACAAUGUUGACGUGUCAAUGGUGUCAUUCAGUAAUCAAUGUUUUGAGCAACAUUGUGCUAUAGGGGGAGGGGAGGCAUGCAGUAUUUCAAACUAUCAUGGACGUUGUAUAAAAUAAUAAUAACAUGACUUUACAAAAUAGUAAGACAUGAUAUAGCUACGUUUUAUGAAAAGUCUGUGAAUAUUAUCAAGCAUGCCCAUAACCACUUAAUCCCCACUGGCAAAUCACAACAUAAUCCAAACGGUAUCUCAAUGGCGCUCACUUACGUGGUAUAAACCGUAAAAACGGUCCACUACUCAGCUAUACGCCCUGUCACUGCUCAAGAUGUUUUCAUUUCGACGCUGUAACUACUAAAAAUCGUCUUGAGCUGAGACAAAAUCAACAUCUAAAAUUAUCAGCCACCGUGACUACAUAAAAAUAUAUAAUAUAAAUUGCCAAAUUUACGAAAAUCUUAUAAAACUUGGAAGAUAAGAUCAGGCCUUCUGUUAGCCGUCUCUGUGAUUUAUAUAAUUUGUUAAUAUUCCAAUCAAGAAAUUAAAAUCGAUCGAGUGUCCUUUACAAGGGUUGUACGUUGUGAAGUUCAUUUCACAAUACGCGACGUUGUCCUGCGUAUUACGGUUUCAUUACUAUAAUUAUAAACAUAUUACUCAGAUAAUCCUGUCUUUUGUUUUACCAGAUGCGAUACAGAGAAGGUUUACCAUUGGUCUUAAAAGGAAUCACUUGUAAUAUCAAAGCCGAGGAGAAAAUAGGCAUUGUAGGUCGAACCGGUUCAGGAAAAUCUUCCAUUGGAGUAUCUCUUUUUCGACUUGUGGAACCUGCAGAUGGGACAAUAUGUAUAGAUGGAGUCAAUAUAUUGGACAUUGGUAAGAAUGAUCAACAGUCAAGUUAUACCAGGUUGUAAUUAUUUAAAAUAUAGUAUUGCCAUAAAAGAAGAUUGACCCAUGCACGUGCUUUUCAUUAGGUUGGUAUCCAUUCCUGUACUAAAGUACUUCUGUUGCUUUGAAAGCAAUGACGCUUUGAUAUGGUGGAUAGUUUCGCUCUAUAAACUACAUAACUACAACCUAAUAUUUUAUUUCACUUCCACUUAAAUUAGUAUUUUUGUUUUGUUCUUGUCUGCUUUCCAGGACUCGAUGAUCUUCGAUCAAAAUUAUCGAUUAUUCCACAAGAUCCUAUCUUGUUCAUUGGAACUGUAAGGUAAUUCAAUAUGAAGAACCGUGAACACUUUGGGAAUAAGAGGCUAGAAUUAAUUUUCAAUUUUGGUAAACAUGCAUGAUGGUUAACCUAUGCAGGAGCUAAGACUGGACAAACAUUAAUUUAAUUCAAUUGGCAUAUUGUCUCAAUACGAUUAUGGCUAUAUUGGUUCUCAAAUAAUGUUUUUAAUAUCGAUUAAACCAACUUUCGUUCUAUUAUGAAUCGUUGGCAUAGUUUUAAGUAUUUUCAUAAUCUUUAUUAAUUACAAAUUACUGUCGUUCCAAUUGAAGUGUUCCUCAAUUAUUGAUUCAAUACAUUACCUCAGGCUGACCAAUUCAUUUCAUCAAGUUCCUCGAGAUAUUCAUACACUUCCUGUGAAAGAGCCAAUUCCAAGAAUUUGAUCAUUUCUGGUCACUUCCUUUCUAUUUAUGAUUGGUUAGUUGCACAAACAACAAAGGUGAUUGGUGCAUUCAAACUAUUCAACAGGAAGUUUACAAUUAUACUAGGAAGUGUAUGAAUAUUUUGAGGAACUUGAUCAAAUGAAUUGGUCAGCCCGAGGUAAUGUAUUGAAUCAAUAUUUGAGGAACACUUCAAUUGGAAUGACAGUAAUAUUAUUAGUUAAAAUAUGACCAUUGUCGCCUUGCACUAUAUAUAUAUAUAUAUAUAUAACAUAUCGUAAAAUAAAAUAGUAAAAACAAGCAGAAUGUGUUAACCAGAUAAACGUAUUGCUGCAGUUAUCCACCUGUAAACAUGUCUGACAAAUACUGUUAAUUUAUACAUGAUAUAGGCUACCCAUGAUAUUUCUUAUUUGGUUCCAAUAAAUAGAUAUAAUCUGGAUCCAUUUCACGCACAUGCCGAUGAAGACGUAUGGAUUGCUUUGGAAAGAGCACAUCUAAAAGACACUAUCAGUAACUUGCCGUUGAAAUUAGAAGCACCUGUUGUUGAAAAUGGAGAAAAUUUUUCUGUUGGUGAAAGACAACUGAUGUGCAUGGCCAGAGCUUUGUUGAGAAACUGUAAGGUUGGUAUAAGUGAUUAAUUGCGGAAGUAAGAAUGACCUUGCUUUACC